AUGUACUUAUCUUCUGUUAGUUCCCGUUUAUUACUAUACGACACAAACAGUUGGGAUUUAAAAAAGACUUAUGGAUGUUAUGAUGGUGUACUAAGAGAUAUAUCGUGGAGUGAUGAUAGUAAAUACAUUUUACAGGUAAAUUCAUCUGGAUUAAUUGAAAUACUAAGCCCUGCUGACCAUGAUGUCAGAAGCUUACAACACAUUUCAAUGAAAGAUACUUGGUCUGCUAGCUUUCAUAGAGAUGGCCACCGUAAUGUAGCUGUUGGUACUAAAAGUGGGGGUGUAAAAAUUUGGGAUACUAAAAAUAAAACUAUUACUAAAACAUUCCCUGCACCAUCACAGCCAUCAUGUGUCAACUUUUUAAGCUACAAUGCGAAAAACACAAGCUUAGCUGCAUCUAUGGUAAAUGGAGAUACAGUCAUAUAUGGACUUGUGUCUAAUAUUCCAGUUCUAACUGUAAAACUUACUUAUUCUAAAAGCAUCUCUGCUAUGAAGUUUCAUCAUGAGUCUAGAUCAUUAUUAGGUUUAGCAACAGAUGAAGGCCAUAUGGUACUGCGAGACAUCACAACAAAUAAAGAUAAAGCAUUUUUUGAAAACAUUCAUGCCUCACCAGUUAGUGACUUUUCAUUUUCACUUAUUAACAAAGAUGUCUUGCUAUCGAGUGGUUAUGAUAAAAUUAUACAAGUGUAUGAUAUUAGAUUGCAAAAUGUUGUUUCCACAGUAAGAACAACAUACACAUUAACAUCUCUAGCUAUAAAUGUCGAGAACCAAGUAGCACUUGGGACUAAAAAUGGUUAUAUUUUAAUAUAUGAUUUAAGAGAUUUAACAAGUCCAUUUAAAGUUCUUAAGGGCCAUGAAGAAGAAGUUAGUAAAGUUGCAUUCCAACCAGCCCGUCGAAAGACAUUAUCAAAUGAGUUAAGUCUUCGAGAAGAUGUUGAAGCAACGUCAUUAUUAACAGCUCAAUCACCUGUUAGGACCAGAACAUCAGAUAUGUUUUUUGUUAAUGAUACACCACCUAAGCCAAACUUAGACAUGUCUGGUUUUGGUCCUGAAAACAAAGCUGAUUCUUUUCUUGUUAUGUUAGGAUUAGACAAAUCUAAUAAUGAUUUUGAUGAAGAUGCAAACAAAUCUACUGAUUUUGAAAGAAAAAGCGAUAAACAUGAAAUAAGAUAUCGUCAGUUGGAAGCUGAAAAGAACAUAAAUAAAAUAUCAACUCCUCUAAAUAGUAGGACAGCUGAGAAUCUUGGAUUUCCAUCACCUUUAUGCAUACCAAAUGGAAUUGAAGAAAAGAGAAGUUCAACCAGUAACCUGACUAACAUAAAGCAGAUGUUUACCAAUAAUAAUCAGGCACCAAAUAUUGAUAAUAAUGCUGUGGAUGAGCUUAAAGAUUUCAUUAAACUAUCUUUAUCAUACAUUGCGGUUGAUAACAAAAACUAUUUUCUACAUAUAAUGAUGAAUUUGACUAAACAAAAAUUGUUUCUUGAAAAACAGCUAGCUGCUCUGAAUCAGCAAGUUCAAACAUUAACUCAAAACCAGACUGCCUUAAUGGAAGCAAACCGAAAAUUAACUUUGCAAGUAGAUCAAUUAAAACAGAAUAAUUUU